CUCCCUCUUCUUUCUCCAUGACGCCGAAGCAGAGCGAGCUAGCGGACUCAGAGAGAGAUGGAUAUGCCUUCCCAGGCUCUCAAGAAGGUGCGGGGGGAUGUCAUAACGUCGAGAGCUUGGUCAAGACUGCAGAGAGAGCUACUGGCGCAGAUGACAGGGGGACAUCUGCGAACUUUCGGUUCUCUCUCUACCAGUGAUAAACUGGCAGCAGUUGAGAGAGCAGUGGAGGCUGUGGGAGAAACGGCGGCCUAUGCCAGGCUCCGGGCUCAUGUAGCGACGUCCGUGGACUACCACUUUAGUCCACUCCUGUUCCAACCUCCUGGAAUUGCACAAGAAUUCUCGGCUACCGCCGAGGAUUCAUCGACGAUGCCCCGGGCACAUCCUGAGGCCGACCCGUUGGCAGAAGCGUGUUCGAGGCUACUCGAAGCCUCCCCGCACUUGAAGCAUUCACUCAAAUGCGCCCUGAACCACCCUCUCCCGCACGGACUUCGUCUCGCCGCCUGGAGAGCUCUCCUGUCGCGGCCAGACGUCCAGAAAGAUUUCCUGGUGGCUGGCAAGGAGCUGCAGCCGGGGGACGAGAGCAAGAAGGAGAUAUCACGGCGCUGUCGCCACGUUCUCGGCGAAAACCCAGUGUUUAGGGAGCUGGCCGGUAGCAGCGUGGCUCUGUCGGCCAUGCAGGCUGUGGUUCUGUACUGGAUGCAAAGAGCCAGCGGGGAAGUGUUGGAUUCUGAGCUCUUGCUGUCUGUGCCGUUCGUGCACGUGUGGAGGGAGGAGCUGGAGCGGCAGGUGGACAGGAGCAGCAGCAGCAAGGGAGAGGCACGGGUUAUCUUUGCAGAGAUUGCGGCCGAGUACGUCCACUUCAUGGAGAUGUUGCCUCCUAGCGUCAGCAGCAGUGCAACAGAGAGUGCAGAUGGAAUGAAAAAGUUUGCCAGGAGAGUGGAGGAACUGCUACAGACAGAGGACCCCCAGCUCCACCAGGCUCUGGGGAAAGCCUUCAAGAAGACUGGAGGCUCUCCGAAGAAGGACAGGAGAGCCUGGGGAAACCCCUUCCAUCACACGCUCAAAUCAAUUCUCUUCCCUCACAUCCAGAAGAUGCUUGUUGGAGAUGUAUCAAUGGAUGUUGUAUGUUACAUCUGGGACCAGUGUUUCAUAGGGCUUGAUGUCCCAGAGUACCAGUGUCUGCCUUAUUUCACCACAGUCUGGCUCUUACUGCUUCGAGACAGGCUACUCAGAGCAAAAUCGGUAGCUAACUGCAUGUUGAGGCUGUGGAAAAGGCUCUAUCAGGUCACUCUCGUUCACUGACCAUCCUUCAGUUCCAGCAAGAGAUGGAGAAGACCUUUCUCUCCGACCUCUCUCGGCCUCUCAAAGUGAAGCCACUCCCACUUCAUCCACAGUCCAGCCCCCUGCUACUCCCUUCCCUCCACCCCUCACACCGUCCCCCGCGACCCUCCCACGACACCCACAGUCUCUUGGCUCAACGUGACUUAUCAACCACUGGUGGAACGGCAUAUAAUGAGCUACAGCAGAGGAUGGAGGAGAUGCAGCAAAAGGUUGAGAGAGAGCAGAGGAUCCUGUCACACAGAAUAAGAGAGGAGAGGGAGCACCACCAGAAGCAGUUGGAGGUAUUUCGAAGAGAGCUUGAAGAAAUGAGGAUGGUACAGCUGUCAGCAUGAAACCAAUGCUCUCAGUAUACUGUAUGUAUGUUUGACUGGUCUGACGUAUAUGGUUCUUUAGGGUUUAGGAGGUAGAGGAAAGGGAAGUAGACGAUCAGUUGGUGGUAUAGGUCAGAGUCAGUCGCUGAGGCCAUCUCUACAGAGUCCCAUACAGAGCAACUCCAGUACACAACAGCCAACUCUACUUCUGGUGCACUCAACAAGCAGCAAAAUAGACAAGCUUCAAGAAAUAAAGGUCAUACCAGUCCAAAUAACCUCACAACAGACGUUGGGAGGUGUCAGUGAGCGUCCGUUCUCUCCCACUAAUCUCACCGAGAGAGACAUGCAGACUCUGUGGCUACAGAUUCUGGGAAGGUUCACCUCUGCUGCCUACACCAUAUGCCAUGGAACAAACAGCGAGAGAAGAGCUCUUUUCUCCACUCUCCAGCCCUCAACUAGUGCUGCCACUAGCCACCAAUCAUGAACAACUCUCUACAGUAAUAACACUGCACAUACCUUAAUCUUAAAGUUUAUCCAUCACAAUGUACAGGAGAGGAAACUAAGACUAAUCAGUGGUGAUAAUGAUAGGGAUACAAUCUAAUUGAGAGGGAGUAUGAGACUUUUAGAGUUUGGCGUAUUUCGCAUCAGAAGAAGGUUUGGGGAUGUCCCUGGCAUUCAGUACUAACGGACUAGUCUUCCAUGUAGAUGGAGGGUUCCCGUGAAUCUGAGGAGACAACAAAAGCUCUCGGCGGAAUUUGACCGAGUUUGCCAGGAACUGUCUCUUCUUCUGUUCAAACUUGCCUUCCAGUUGUCGCACCUCGUCUUCCAGUCUCCUCUGGGGACAACAUUACAUACAGCAACGUCACACUUCCAAACUUUCUCAUAGCGAAUAGCAGUAUUCUCUUUUAGGUAGAGCACAAUAAUAUGAGUUAUGUAUUCUUCAUAAUACAUGCCAAAGGAUAAAAUCACAAUUUAACCAACAUUCUUCACCCAGCCCCCCUUUGCAUUAAAACAACGGGAGUUUUUCUCCUUUACGUAUUGGUUUUCCCACACAUUGCACUACUAUAGCCAACAGCUAGGAGCUUGCCUUGUGAGUCUCCAAGGACUGGACCUGUUUGGUCAGUAUUGCCAGACGGGUCUUGCUCACAACUACACAUAAAGAACAGUACAACAGAGCUAAAUGGAGAGGGAUC